AUGCGAUUGACUUCUAUCCUUCAACUUUUUGCUACUUCAGCAUACGUUGCCGUCGCAGCAGCUGACAGUUGCUGCUGGGGCGACAACUGGGCUGAUACCAACUGGUUGUGGCUCAAAUGGGACGAACCUGCGGGAGUCGUUAGAUGCGGCUUGAGCGGAACAUUCCCUGCUGGCACGAAAUGCACCAUCGAAAACUCCAAAGACUCAAAAGGCAACCUUCAAGCGUUGACAAACGUCACAUUUGGUGGCAACUCCGCACCAUUCAAGUUCCGUAUCGGCAUCAACCCAAACAGCUGCGACCCCUUGCCUAGCGAUCAGGUCCUUACCGGUUGGGAGGGCUGGGGAGCAAAUCUUUUUGAAGGCCACGACUUCACGACGCAAAGACUCGACGCAUGCACCCAAGAUAAUUCGGCAUAGAGUAAUAUAGAUUUCCCAGGAGUGCGGACAUUGUUGGAAAGCCAGCC